GUAUUAUUAGCAAGCGGGAAGUAUGGCGGUGGCGCGCGUCGACCCGGCUUUGCCUCCUGGAGAAGGAUCAGUGGUCAAUUGGUCAGGACAGGGGUUACAGAAAUUAAGUCCAAACUUACCCUGUGAAGCUGAUAUUCAUACUUUGAUUCUGGAUAAAAAUCAGAUUAUUAAAUUGGAAAAUCUUGAGAAAUGCCGACAAUUAAUACAGUUGUCAGUGGCUAAUAAUCGGCUGGUGCGAAUGAUGGGUGUGGCCAAACUGACCCAACUCCGGGUGUUAAAUUUGCCUCAUAACAGCAUUGGCUAUGUGGAGGGGCUGAAGGAUCUAGUACAUUUGGAAUGGCUGAAUUUGGCAGGAAAUAAUCUCAAGGCCAUGGAACAAAUCAGUAGCUGCGCAGCUCUACAGCACCUUGAUUUAUCAGACAAUAACAUACCCCAGAUAGGUGAUCUAUCUAAAUUGGUAUCACUGAAGACCCUGCUUUUACAUGGAAACAUCAUCACCUCUCUUAGAAUGGCACCUGCUUAUCUACCCAGAAGUCUUGCUAUACUUUCCUUGGCAGAAAAUGAAAUUCGGGACUUAAAUGAGAUCUCUUUUUUGGCAUCCUUAACUGAAUUGGAACAGUUAUCGAUCAUGAACAAUCCUUGUGUGAUGGCAACACCGUCCAUUCCAGGGUUUGACUAUCGGCCAUACAUUGUCAGCUGGUGCUUAAACCUCAGAGUUCUAGAUGGAUACGUGAUUUCUCAGAAGGAAAGUUUGAAAGCUGAAUGGCUCUAUAGUCAAGGCAAGGGGAGAGCAUAUCGGCCAGGCCAGCAUAUCCAGCUUGUGCAGUAUCUGGCUACAGUCUGUCCUCUCACUUCCACACUGGGUCUUCAGACUGCAGAGGAUGCCAAACUAGAGAAGAUUCUGAGCAAACAGAGGUUUCACCAGAGACAGUUGAUGAACCAAAGCCAAAGUGAAGAGCUAGCCCCUCUUGCUCCUAUUGAAACAAGAGCACCCCUUGUACCUGAGCAUUCAAGCCCUGUUCAAGAUGGCCAGAUAGUCCAGGAAAGCGAAUCUACUUUUAUGCCAGUUGCAUCAGGACUCUCUCCAGUGUCACCUACAGUUGAGCUGAGGCUACAAGGCAUUAACUUGGGCCUAGAAGAUUAUGGUGCUGCAGAUGAAUCUGUGAAAGGGCUGGAAAACCAGGACUUUAAUAAGGAAGAUGAAAAGGCUUUUUGGACUGCAAAUGAGAAUUCCUUUCAAAUGAAGGAAAGUGUCAUCAGUACAGAGGUAAAUGAGAAAGAUGGGCUAUUACCUUGUCUGGAGCCAACAGUAACUAGUGCUGUCUUGAAGGAUGACACCCAUAGUCUUACAUCUUUUCCUGAGUCAGCUGGACACAGUGUCUUCCAUACACAGCCAGACAGUGAAGAAACCAUGUCUCAGUCAGCUUCGGAGAAACUUCCCUGUGGGAUUUUAACCCAGAGAUCUGUUGCUCUGGGACAAGAUAAAGUUGCCCUUCAGAAAUUGAAUGAAGCAGCCACCAAACUUCAGGCCUAUUGGCGGGGCUUUUAUGCCAGGAACUACAACCCCCAAGCUAAAGAUGUGCGUCAUGAAAUUCGGCUGCGCAGAAUGCAGGAACACAUUGUUUGCUUAACUGAUGAAAUAAGGAGAUUAAGAAAAGAAAGAGAUGAAGAACGUAUUAAAAAAUUUGUACAAGAAGAGGCUGUCAGAUUCCUUUGGAACCAGGUAAGGUCUCUGCAAGCUUGGCAACAGAUGGUGGAUCAGCGUCUAAGUUCCUGGCAUACUGAUGUUCCUCCUAUGUCAAGUACUCUAGUACCCUCUAAACCUCCAUUAUUCACCCAGAGUCAGGAGCCCUCUUCUGAUCAAAAUUCUGAUUGGUUCAUUGCUCCUGAUGAGGCUCCUCAAGAGAAAUCCUUACCAGAAUUUCCAGACUCGGGUUUUCAUUCUUCCCUAACAGACCAAGUUCACUGUUUGCAGAAUUCUUUGGAUUUUGAAAAAAGUUCCACAGAAGGCAGUGAAAGUUCCAUAAUGGGGAAUUCCAUUGACACAGUCAGAUAUGGCAAAGAGUCAGAUGUAGGGGAUGUCAGCGAUGAGCAUGGUGAAUGGAAUAAGGAAAGUUUAAACAAUGAGCAGGAUAACAGUCUGCUUGAGCAGUAUUUAACUUCAGUUCAACAGCUAGAAGAUGCUGAUGAGAGGACAAAUUUUGAUGAAGGGACAGGAGAUAGUAAGCUUCGCAUAGCUCCUUCCCUUGAAAAGUUAGAUGCCUUGUCUGACGGUGCUUUGGUAGAUGAUACUCAUGGCAUAUCUCCUACUUUGCAAGAUGAAAUCAGCCAGGCACCAGAAAAUUGUAAAUUAAAUGCUGGUGUUCAAGGGCAACAGUCAGACUGUGAUUCUACAUUUCAGGUAUUGCAUGUUGGUAUUACUGUGUAGCAUGUCUGGUUGCUUGGGAAGCAGAAAUCUACUUAACAAUUUCAGUUGCCUUUUUUUUUUUAGUGAAGGGGAAUAUCACCCCCAUUUUUGUUACUAUUUAUAUAGACUUUAUAUUCUUGUCUCUUGUUUUCCAUAUUUUAGAGACUGGGCUGAAUCUUCAUUUUGAUUUUAUUGGCUAUUAGCUGUAAUCUAUCAAACAAUAUUUAUAUUGAAAGCUAUAUGCACUUUAUUUCCUAACUGAAUUGCAUCAACAGUGUUCUUGUUUUUUAAUGUAUUCAUUUCCUUUCAAAAAUAAACUAGAAUAUCUUUCAAGAAAAUAGGAGUUUACCUUAAAGAUAUAAAUAAGAGAAGUUAGAUUUUUCUGUAUGUCAGGAAAUUAAUUAUGAAGUAAGGAAUGUGACUUGUUAAAG